AUGGAAAACCCACGAAAAAGACAAAAACUCGAUGAAUCUCAAGAUGAAGGAUUAUCUAAUCGAGACUUAACUUAAUUAAUUAUUAUCAAGUAGUAACUGGCUAGCCGUGUCGGGUUUUUUCGUGCCCCUUGCUUCGAUAUGCCAACUUGUUUGCUCGUCUAAAUCCACAGCCUAAAGGCAUGUGUUGCUCCCUCAGGGCAAGGAUUUGCACUCGCAACAGGGAGGUAAAGAUCCUGGUUCAGCAUGCUGUCCGCUAGCAGUGUUGCCUUUACUGAAAAUUCAAAAAGCGAACGAUUUCUGGCCUUGCUAAACUAUCACUUUCCAAUUUCAAGUUAAUCCUCCCUCAGGUAAAAUCUUACUUUGAAUGAGAGCCUGUGGUCAGUCAGCCCGACAUUGAACUCCAUUGACCAAAUAAAACCCAGCUAGAUAGCCCCCGCAGUUCUCUCUUCUGUAAGGUCCCCAGACUCAUAUCUGGCUACAGGUGUUAAGAGGGCAGGCUUGUUCGCCAUGCCAUUUUUAAGUGCGUAAACAAUCGAGAAACACAAGAGGAAAAACAUAAAGAGCCUAUGAAAAUUUCAAUGGACGAAAAGGGUAGACUAAUUGAUGAAAAAGGUAGAUUUAUCGAUGUUGAUUAUAAAUCGAAAUUUUCAUUUGACGUGAAUGCUCAAAAAUACGCCCAAAAGCAAAAAAAAAUUGAAAAAAGAUAUGCCCAGCUUCCUAAAAAUACACAUUCAGUAAAGCCCAGAGGAUUUUUCUUUGACCAAAACUUGCCAAAACAAAAAAAGGAUGAAAAGAGAUUACGAGCUUUUAUGUUUGGCGAUAAUGAAGCCCCGCUACUUCUACGAGCCAAUUUAAUCCCAGAAAUAGAAUGAUGGGAUCAGCCUUUGCUUGACUCCCCUAAUUAUGUCAAAAAUAUUGAUUCUAUAUGACCUCGUAAUAAUAAGUGGCUUCAGAUGAAAAAGAAAUUCACACUCCGUGAAUUCCUUUCCCUCACUCACCCAAAUUUUAUUUUUAUGGGUUAAAUUUUUGCGCGUGGAUUUCUGCAAAAGAGGAGAAAAUGGCGAGGAAUUUUACUUCACCACUUUGUUUAUCGUGUUUUAUCUCAUUCCCGUGCUGAUAUAAAAGGCAAGACCCUUAGGCUGAGCAGGCGCUGGAGGAAAAUCGGAUAGAGCGAGGAAACGCACCAAGCUGCAUGCUUCCCAUACUUCUGAAUUCCCAAUGGCUUAAUGGGACUAGGAAAAGUGAGUUGGACUAGGAGGAGCGAGCUGGACUAGGAGGAGAGAGCUGAGCUACAGAGCCCGAUAUUAGUUUCCGAGUAGCAGCAAGAUGGAAAAAAGCAUCUUAUUUACUCUGCGUAGCUAGAGACUCAAUUAGAAGUUAGUAAUAUAAGCUAUUAUUGUUGAGUCUAUACGACCUCAAAUUGCUGAAGAGUUAAAAAACGUUCCAAAAUUCGAGGCUCAAAACAAAAUCCAAGAAAUAUUUUUAAAAUCUGGCAUAGAAAAAAUGCCUUAUAUAGCUUCAGCUGUUACAGAUAAAAUUUUAAACCCGGAUUUGCCUGCACCAGACCCAGUUAAUGCGACAUCUCAUAAUAUAACAAUGCAUUUGACUGAAAAAGAAAGGAAAAAGCUUAAAAGAUUGAAGAAAGCAGAAAGGUUAAACCAAAUAAGGGAAGAAAUAAAGCUAGGAUUAAGAGAAGCACCACCAGACAAUAUAAAACUAAGCACUGUCAUGAAGCUUAUGUCAAAAGAAAUUUCUCAAGAUCCAACGAAAACUGAGCAAGAUAUAAUGGAAAAAUACAACCAAAAAUUGCAAAGGCAUAUGGAAAGAAAUGAAGAGAGAAAAUUAUCAAAGGAAGAAAAAUUAGAAAGGACGCUAAGAAAAUUAAGAAGAGACAGCGCGAGAGAAAGAAGAACUGCGCUAUUUAGAAUUCCUAGGGUAACCUCAAAUAAAACAAAAUUCAAAAUAUCAAAAAAUGCAAGGCAGCUUGAGCUUGUAGGAUUUUGCUUAGUUUUACCUGAGCCACUCCCAUCUUUGAUUAUUGUUGAAGGAGGCAAAAGAGCAAUCAAGUUCUAUAAACGAUUAUGCUUACAUAGAAUAGAUUGAACAAUUGAGAAAGGAUCAUGCGACUUAGUCUGGGAAGCUGAAAUCAAAGAUCCAAGCUUUUUCAAAUUUAAGCUUCUUGAGCUGAAAACUGAAAGUGAAGCUAGAAGGAUUUUAGGAGCCAAAGGGCUAGCAAACUAUUGGGAUCUGGUGAAAACGUGGAAAAAACCAGAGGAUUAA